AUGGGUUGUGGGGGGAGUCGGGCAGACGCCAUCAUCGAGCCGAGGUACCAUGAAAGCUGGACCAGAGAAACGGAAUCGACGUGGCUGACCAAUACCGACGUAGAGCCCCCUCUGCCUGUGGCUAACAGCAAGGCCCUGGAGAGCAGCCUGAAGGAGAAGAGGAUGGUGAACACAGGGACCCAGUGUGGGAAGCAGGCCCUGGUCCCGACCGGCUCUGGACACCAGAGGAGAGCCCGACGCUCCCUCAGCGAGCAAUCCAAUCGUGACUCAAAACGAAGGGCUUCUAAAGAGACAAGUAUUUCAUGCAAAGAUGGCCAUCUUGUAAACGUCAACACAAGUGGAGACACGGAAUCUGGAAACACAUGUGAUGAAAGAUGA